CGAUAGACACAACAUUCAAUAUCAACAUAUAUUGAACGAAAUCAGUAAACAUUGAAUCAGUUACCACAAUAUCGAAAGAAAAAUAAAUACAUAUCAAGCAGUGCAUCAGCAAUUAUCAGUACGCACAGUGACAAGUUAACACCUCGCAUAAAGCGGUGUGUGUUACCCAAAGUGGCACUCGUUUUCUAAAAGAAGUGAAAAACUCCCAACACGGAACCUUCUCCACUUGUACCGCAACAACUCUUGACUAGAUCUAGAGACUAGAUGAGUUCGUCUGGUGACUGUGUUCUAUCAGUGACCUUGUGAGACUACGACAUCUAGGAAAUACUGUCCCGUGAAAAUGAAGCUGUUUCCCGUGCGGCUGUCCAACAUCAAUAAGAUGUUGGAUUUUUACUCCCAAUUUAAUCCAUCACCCCUGAGCAUUAAGCAAUUUAUCGACUUCGGGCUUAAUGCAUGUCCUCGAAAGUCGUUUGUUUUCCUUCGCAAAGAGCUGCCCGUACGGUUGGCGAAUAUAAUGAAAGAGAUCACCUUGCUGCCAGAAAGUUUAUUACGAAUGCCCUCAGUCGGUCUGGUCAGCGCCUGGUAUGUGAAAAGCUUCGAGGAAGUGCUGGCAUUCGAAAAAACGGAUCCUACCGAAAACAAUCUAGAGAAAUUCUGCAAAUCGCUCACCCAGAUUCGUGACCGCCACUCCGAUGUUGUGCAAACAAUGGCUCAAGGGAUACUGGAAUUGAAGGAAAGCCGAGAUGGAGCGAUUGAGCCAUCCACUGAGCUCUCGAUUCAGUACUUUCUGGAUCGUUUGUACAUGUCCCGUAUCAGUAUAAGAAUGCUCAUCAAUCAACACACUAUACUGUUUGGUGAUAUACCACAGACAGGACGCCAUAUCGGUAGCAUAGAUCCUCUAUGUGAUCCGCACAUGGUCGUACGGGAUGCUUACGAAAAUGCACGUUUUCUAUGUGAUCAAUAUUAUCUUGCAAGUCCAGAACUCGAAGUAAUAGAGCAUAAUGAGAUUGAUAAGGGAAACCCCAUAAAAAUUGUGUAUGUACCAUCGCAUCUGUAUCACAUGCUGUUUGAGCUAUUCAAGAACUCAAUGCGUGCUGUAAUGGAGCAUCACGGAACAGAAAAUGAUGUGCCUCCGAUCAAGGUUACUAUCGUAAAGGGUAAAGAGGAUAUAUGUGUUAAGAUGUCCGAUCAAGGGGGCGGUAUUCCACGAUCGCAAGUGGAUCAACUUUUCAAGUACAUGUACAGUACUGCACCUCAACCGCCGAAAUCUAAAACAGAUUUGCCGUUAGUUCCAUUGGCUGGAUAUGGAUACGGGUUGCCCAUUUCCAGACUGUAUGCUAGAUACUUUCAUGGUGAUCUGGUCCUGUUCUCCUGUGAAGGUUACGGUUCCGAUGCAAUAAUUUAUCUCAAGGCAUUUUCAGAUGAAGCAAACGAAUUGUUACCAAUAUUCAAUAAAACUAGCACCAGAUUUUAUAAAGCAACCGUACCAACUGGUGAUUGGUCCAAUCAGAAUUCUGAUAUGAACUCGAAACAAAUGAACGCUCAAACGAGACGAGCAGGCUCUCUGGGCACGAACUCAUCAUGAUCUCAUCCGAUAACAGACGACGAAGAUGGCAAUACUAGAGAACUAAAGUAACAGCAACAGAAUCGAAUUUCAAGUGCAAGAUGUCAUUUAAGCAAUGCAUAAUAGUAGAUAGCAACAGGGGAUUAGAUUCAAUAUCAUAAAUAGUGGUUAUGGUUUCGCGAAAUCUUGACAACAAUUUCAUCAUGGAUUAAUGUAAAUGAAUGAAAAUAUUAAGUAAACUGUUUCUGCUCUGUUCUAUAAUGUUCUGCUAUCGGCAAGAUUUGAAGAUGACGAUAUUUGUAACAUCAAUCGACA